AAAAGCAGUCUUUAUGCCAAAGAGGCAUAUUUUGGGGUGGCAUAUUCUGCUAUCCUUCAUACCAAAGUGGCCCAUUUUGAGACGGUUUGUCCUGGACUCCUACACUCCUCUUUUGGGGUGGCAUCUUAGGGUUCCCUUCCCAGCUAACAAUCAUCCCCUUCUGAAUGAGAAACGACUGUACCCCGUUGUAAACUAGAAGCCCCUACUCACUCUCUCAUAGGAAGAGAGCCGCAGAUACAAAUAGCAACGGGCUCAGGGAAAUGCAGAGCUUCCACGGGAAGCUGCCCUGCCCCCUGCCCCACAGUCAUUGGAGCUCCGCCCAGAGGGGGCGGAGCCCGGGGUGGGGCAGCGGGGCCGCGGGUCCCGCCCGCGCUUCCAGUUCUCAACGAGGUCCGGCCUCUGCCUAUAAUUAGUCCUGCCGGACGAGCAGGGCUAUAGCUGUGUUCGACUCGUACAGAGCCUCCAGCAGUCAUGUCUGGCCGCGGUAAGGGCGGGAAGGGCCUGGGCAAGGGCGGCGCCAAGCGCCACCGCAAGGUGCUGCGCGACAACAUCCAGGGCAUCACCAAGCCCGCCAUCCGGCGGCUGGCCCGGCGCGGCGGCGUCAAGCGCAUCUCCGGCCUCAUCUACGAGGAGACCCGCGGGGUGCUCAAGGUGUUCCUGGAGAACGUGAUCCGGGACGCCGUCACCUACACGGAGCACGCCAAGCGCAAGACGGUCACGGCCAUGGACGUGGUCUACGCGCUCAAGCGCCAGGGCCGCACCCUCUACGGCUUCGGGGGCUGAAAGCCUCGUCUUCGUUUGCUUUCCAAAGUUCUCCAAAGGCCCUUUUCAGGGCCGCCCACCCUUUCUUUAAAAGGGCUGUACGCGUCUUGUACCUGGGUUUUGUUGGGUUGGUGGAGCUUUUACGUUGUUACUGACUUGCGCUUUUGUAAACGUAAGCCUGACAGCUCCGCGACCGCCGGAUGCUCGCUCAGCCAAUGAGCGGGCUGCACAGCGCGCGGCGCGGGUUUCGCGCCAAUCAGCAGUAGGGGCUUUCUGAGGAGGCCAAUGGGGGGGAGGCGCCGGGCCUCCCGCGGAAGGGGCGGGGCUGAUCCCCGCCGCUCUUCCCGUAAGGGCCCUGCCUGCCGCUUCCCACCUGUGGAGGGAGAUAAUGCGAACAAGUUCUCUACCGCUGUUCACUUAGCAGUCUGUCCUGGAUGUUUGGCUGUAAUGGGACCCAGAGCUCUCCAUCUCUUUCCACAGAUGGCCACCAUGCUUCCCUUUCCACAUGGGGAAUCCUAACUACA